AUGGUAGAAAAACUUGAAAAGUCAAAAAUCCACAGUAAAGUCAUAAAAAUGAACACUGAUCGAAUAUUUAGGCAACUAUUACUUUUGAUAUUUUACGUUGGGACUGUUGCUUUAGGAUCUUUAUGUAGUAUAAUAAAUCCUCUUCCCGAAUCACACUUUUCGCAAAAGGACAACUAUUUUAAUGUGUGGUUUGUGAAACUUGGUUGGUUUUGGACAUCGUUAGUAUUUGUCCUAUAUUCUUGGAAAGUAAUUCACCAUAAAAAACCCGAUCAAUUUAUAUCGUCGCUCCUUCGUUGGAGUAUUGCAACCCUAUAUUGGUGUUUCGUUACCCAAUGGUUUUUUGGUCCUAGUAUUGCUGAGCGGGCCUAUGUCGUAACUGGUGGAAAAUGUACCCUUGAAGGUUUAAAUACGCAAUGGACCGAAUCUCGUGCAUGUAAAAGAAAUGGAGCUCAGUGUUCUGCUACAUUAUCAGGAGGGUAUGAAAAGGGCGAAGCAAUAUAA